AGUGGUUGCAGUGCUUGCUUUCUUUUACUCGGAGCUAUGGCGCGCACAAAGCAGACCGCGCGUAAGUCCACCGGCGGGAAGGCUCCCCGCAAGCAGCUGGCCACCAAGGCGGCCCGCAAGAGCGCUCCGGCCACGGGCGGCGUCAAGAAGCCGCAUCGCUACCGGCCCGGCACCGUGGCUCUCCGCGAGAUCCGGCGCUACCAGAAGUCCACCGAGCUGCUGAUCCGCAAGCUGCCCUUCCAGCGUCUGGUGCGUGAGAUCGCGCAGGACUUCAAGACCGACCUGCGCUUCCAGAGCUCGGCCGUGAUGGCUCUGCAGGAGGCGAGCGAGGCUUACCUGGUGGGGCUGUUCGAGGACACCAACCUGUGUGCCAUCCACGCCAAGCGUGUCACCAUCAUGCCCAAGGACAUCCAGCUGGCCCGCCGCAUCCGCGGAGAGCGUGCCUGAGGCUGUUGUCCCUGUAGUCCUUUAUCCCUGUACCCUAAAGGCUCUUUUCAGAGCCACCACUUUACACAAGAGGGCUGCAACACGUUUGUUUGUUUUUAAAACCAAACUUAUAUACUUGCAAUAUAUCGUUAAUUUUUGACACUGUUUUGUAACUAAUAGUACUUAAACCAUUCAAUUUUUCUUUCUACACUUCCCAGCUCUGCUACUUUUCUGGUCUUUGCUUUCCAGAUGUGUUUUAAAUUAGACACUGCAAUUCCAGUGAAAUCUCUCUGCUUCCUAAGCAGUUGUUUAAAACAAACUUAGAUGCUAUACUAGUGAAGGGACUUGGAAAUACCUCGUUGUAGAAAAAUGCAUAAUUCAGAAGUGCACAGAAAAGGUAAAUAAUUUCUUUGUUUAAUAAUGGAAAAAAAAAAACAACUAAUCUGGGGCCUAGUUUUUAAAUUUUAAUGGCUGAUGAGUUUGCUCUUGUAUGUA